AUGGCCUCAUACAAGUCGGUGAUUCGGUCAUGGGCCGCUCGAAGAGCGCGAGCGGCGUUCAAAGAGGAGUUGAAAGCACGGGGAUUUGAUUCAGAGGGCAGGAGGCUGGAUUCAGAAACUUCAGACUCUGAUACUGCGCUCGGAUUCUCUGGAAACAUGACAGGGACAUUCAAUAUUGAUAUUCAGCCGGCUAUCCUCACGGCCACAUUUCCCGCUAUCCGGGAGGAGAUGAAAUACACCAUAGAUGCCUUGAUUCAAGAACAACAAAAAAUGCAGAUAUCUGCACAGAAAAAUCCAUCGGCUAUUUCAGCAGGGAACAAACAAAGAAUGAGACCUACAACCCAGGAGCAACCACGGAACGAACUCGUUGAACAACAGCCGAGACUGGAAUUCGCACAGAAAGAGCUAUCCCGACAGUCAGGAGGCAGAUUUAACCACAAUCCAAAUGGACGAAGAGAUGGACCAUCCAGCAAGACCGGAGGCAGAUCUUAUCGCACUCCUUAUGAGCGAGAUGGUGGACCCGACGAUACAGGACGAAGAGAUGGACCAUCCAGCGAGACCGGAGACAGAUCUUAUCGCACUCCUUAUGAGCGAGAUGGUGGACCCGACGAUACAGGACGAGAUGGACCAUCCAGCGAGACCGGAGACAGAUCUUAUCGCACUCCUUAUAAGCGAGAUGGUGGACUCAAGGAAAUAGGACGAGAUGGACCAUCCAGCAAGAUCGGAGGCAGAUCUUAUCGCACUCCUUAUGAGCGAGAUAGUGGACCUGUUAAAACCAGAGGCAGAUUUGUCCGCGAUGCCAAUGGACGGGCCCAAUGGAUCGGAGGUCAACAACCUACUUUCAACCCCCAUCGCGAUCUCUCCCUUUCGUCCAGUGCUCUCCUUCGCCUGUUGGUGUACUGUUCUCGCGGACCUGCCGAAACGUGCUGCAACAGAAUGUUGGUCUCCUUGACCGUCGGAAAGGUCGACGCUGGAGUCGCCGUCCUGUUGACCCAGGACAAUCGCCUAAUUGAAUUCCCCUCGGUCCUCCUCCCUAACAAUAUCACUUCCGGAAGUAUCGUGGACAUUACCGUGUCGCGCAACCAUGCUGCAGAAGCUGCCAACACAGCCGCUUUCCAGGCUCUUCAAAAACGCAUUCUCAACACCUAUGGAAUCAAGACCCCUUCACCACCUGUACUCCGCCUCCGCAACGCUACGCAAACCUCCCUCGUCCUCGAAUGGGACCCGAUCGACCUAGCCACCGCUUCCCUAAAGACUCUGUCGUUAUACCGCAAUGGCUCCAAAGCUGGUUCCAUACCCCGUCCUCUUGAGACGCGCAGCACCAAGAUCAGCGGUCUAGCAAUCCAUUCCGAAUAUACCUUCCACCUCGUUCUACGUACGACCGCAGGCACAUACCAAUCAGAGAAGUUGACUUGUCGGACGCACAAAAUGACAGACCUAUCUGGUAUCACAGUCACGACUGGCGUUCUUCACCCUCAGCGGAAGGAAGCCCUUGCCGAAGCUCUUGAUCGCAUUGGCGGUAAGCUUAUUGAUACGGUCCGAAUUGACACCACACACUUCGUCUGCACCGAAGGCAGAGGUCCACUGUGGGAAAAGGCAGUUGAAAUGAACAUCCCCGUGGUCGUGCCAGAAUGGGUGGACGCCUGCGAAGCGGAGGGCACCAUCGUUAGCGUGAGGGGCUACUAUCUGAAUGCCGACCCCAAGGCCCGGCAACUAGGACCUAUUCACGGAUCAAUACAGCACCAGCGCACUACAUCAUCUAUAGCGUCUCCUUCACGCCUAUCUCAGUCGCAGUCUCUGUCCUUACCUGUAAACCAACCAGAGCGGGACCAGAAUGCCUCCGAACCGCCCCCUACUCCGUUUCCUGGAGCAAACAUGAGCGGUCAGCCAAAGGCAGAAGACGGGGAUAGAGUCUCUUCGGAAGAUGAAGAGUCUCCUCCGCCGCCGCCUCCAAAGGAUGAGGAGCUCGAAGCCAAGGAGUCGCGGACGUCGACACCUCCAAGUGCUCAGCUGGAGACGAACGGAGACAUCAAGUCCGAGACGGCAUCCUUGCAUAAUGGAGAUACCGAUGAUGAGGAACUCAACGUUGGAAGCUCCUCGCACGGCCAACCUGACGAGAAAGAGCACGCAGAAGACGAAGAAGAGCUAUCUAGUGCCAAGGAAUCUGAUAAAGGCAAAACAAACGACACUGCGGGGGAUUCGGAUUUCAACGAGGUACCUCUCUAA